UUUAAAAACGACAAGAUUGGACUUGAAGAGAACCAAGAGAGAACUGAGUAGCGAGAGUUUGUAUAAAGCCUACAAACUCGGACAUUUUCCAAUCAUGGAUGAAAAUGAAGAAAAUUUCUUACCAGCAACACAGAUUGUGGAUGAUAGGGUCUUGAAAGAUGUAAUUGCUUAUGUUGAAGUAAGGUGUGGAUUUGAGAAUCGUUCAAAGGGCGUUGCUAAACAACUUGAAAUUCUUGGAGCAAAGGUUUCUACUAGGUUGACUAAAGAAGUAACACAUGUGAUUUGGAAGGAUGGCAAGCCUAGUACACAUGAGCGUGCACUUAAGUGGGGGAAACACGUAGUAUCGGUACUAUGGGUUGACAGUUGUAGAGAAAAUCAAGAACAGGUUGCAGAGUCCUUGUUUCAAGUCAAAACAGGUGACAUUGGCUCACCGAUUAUUGGCCGCCUUAAGAGGUUAAAGUCAAUGCAGCCCAAACAGAUAGAAGAUCAGGUUAAAAAGAGUGCUGAGAAGUUUGCCAAGAGGCAGAAAAAGAAGGCAGAGAUAAUGGCUAAUGAAGCAGGCUUCAUGCAAAGGCCCUAUGUUUUUGGCUGUCAUCCCCAAAGUCCAUACAGUUCACCAAGGCUAACCCCAAGUCUUGCUGAUGACACACCGAACAGCAUGCGAUGUGCUUUAGAAGCUCUAGAUAGGGCAAAGAAGUUGGGAACACAUGAAAUAUUAGAGUCGCCAGUACAUGGUGAGAGGUCAAUACCGCUCCAUAAGAGGCUCUUUAGCCUCACUACUUCCUCAGAGGAUGUCAGUGAUAUCGGUAGGAGCUCACCAGAAAAAUCAAUCUUGGCAAGAGCACAGGUGUGUCAGAGAGUUGGUUCUAGUUCUGACAAUGAUAAGGUCAUAGAGAUAGAAUCUGGAAAGAGAUCUUUUAAGAAACAAUCAGCAACAAGUUCAAAACGUAGGAAAACAUUGGAUACGUCUGUAGGAGUAAAAAUGGCAAUGGGAACACGUAGAUCAUCAAGGCGAUCUCUUGUUAUGAAGGAACCAGUGGCACAAUUCUUUGAUGAGGAAUCUCCAGCUGAAAUAGAACAUAUGUCAAAAUCAGCUAGGAACUCAUCACCAGUGUUUAGCAGAAAGUCUGCAUAUGAUGUCUUUGAAUUUUCCUCAGAAAACACAACACCCAAAAACAAACCAAAGAAAGCCCAUUCUGCAAAAAGAUUAGAAGGAGCUCCCAUUUCAUUAAGAGGGGUAGUUUCUUCCUCUAGUAUAAAUGCUGGCAAACAGGAGGGUAGUGAAGAACCUAAAAUGCAAAUCCACACUGAUGAAACAACACGUAAACGAAAGCGUUCUGUUACCACAACGAAAUUAAAUCAAGGGAAAAAAGUAAUGGAAAAAGUUGGUACAGUGAAUGCUACCAGCGGCAGUAAUUCAUCAGAAAAUGAAAAUAUUAAGAAGAGAAAGAAAAGGAGAUUAUUGGCUGUAAAUAAUUUUGGAACACCCCCUGUACAUUUAUUGGAACCUUCUAAAUCUUCAACUUCAGAUUCAGCAGAUAGUGGCUCGGAACAACUUCAGAAGAACAAAGGCAAAGCAAAGAAGAAAAGAAAAUUGUUGGAAAAGCAGAAAAAUACAAACAAUACUUCAGUUAUACCUGUGCAAGGCUUACGAAGCAGUCUAGAAGAGUUCAGCUUCAAAAGAAGACAUAAGCAUAACAAAUCCAAGAAAACUGAGAACCCUACAUGGGUGUCCUCGUCUUCUGAAUCGAUUACAUCAUCAGAAGAAAAUGAAGAGGAAAGAAAAGAGGUUGCAAUAGAAAUGAAAAAAGUGAUAGUUAGAAAAUCAAGUAAUGAAAAGCCUAAGAGAACCCUGUGUAUGACAAGUUUAAGUCAAAGUGAUCAAGGGAUUGUGAUUUCUAUCAUCAGUAAACUUGGCCAGUUUGAGAUUGCAGAUACAGUGUGUGAUUCCACAACACAUGUGAUUCUAGGCCGGCAUAGGAGAACACUUAAUGUACUAUCAGCCAUUGCCAGGGGAUGUUGGUUGUUAUCUACUGAGUGGAUUUUUAAAUCAUUGGAAGAAGGUGCCUGGUUACCAGAAGAACCAUUUGAACAGCAUGAAAUCUUCCCAGCAGCACAGCUUUCAAGACUAGAACAUUGCGCAAGUGAAGGGACAUACAAGAGAGACUUGUUCUCAUCCUUCAGUCCAGUAUUCAUAGGUGACGACACCAUUGCUCCUACUGAUAGAAUCCAGGAGUUAUUUGAAUGGUGCGGAGGCAGUGUCUGCAGUAGUGCCCGUGUUGCGCGCUUAGGGAUCGGCAAAACUCAAACAAGAACCAAUCUGAAAACUGUAGAUGAAAAAUGGGUGUUUGAUUGUAUAAGUGAACUUAGAAUGUGUCCGCUGACAGAUUACACUGUGAGCUCAUCUUAAAUUAUCUAUCCCUACAGCAAUAUAUAUGUCAUUCCUUACAUAAUGACAGUAAUACUAACAGUGGUAAUCAAAGUGCAUGUUGUCCUUUUCACUAUUCCUAAUUCCCACUGUCAUUGAAACGUAGUUAAAUCAUAGAAAAUGCAUGUGAUGAAUGUUGAUAUCUUUAAAGGCGGUCACUCCCUGCGCUUGACGGUCGUUGGCCGAUGCGAUUCCAUUGAGAUUUCCACGAUGCGUGCAACAGAUCAUUUUAAUGACGAUCCGUUCAGACUGCUGGCGGCAAUUAACAGCCAGUGUUGUCUUGUCUAAUGCUCACAUGGAGCGGACUUGUAUUCGCAGUGAGUGACCGGCUUAUUGACUAGGAUUGAUAAUUAUCAAUUUUAACUUUAAAAAUUUCUUGAUACAAAAGAAUUAACAUUGGCGUAAGCAGAUUAUUUAAGCUCAUUUAUCAAAUCGUUUGCUUGCAUAGCACCGUGAACACAAAUAUAAAGAUAUAGACAAAUAAAUUUAUAAUUGUACGUUUGAAAACGAUUAAAACAUAUUUUGUUCCUAUUAUUUUAUCUAUUUGUUUAAUGUUGAAUCUGGUUAACCAUGAAGCCUCUGUGGUCUAAUGGUUAUGACGCUCGCCUUGACAGCCAGAGGUCGCAGGUUUGAAUGCCGUCAGAGGCACUUUAUUACAACAUUUCUUUAUUCAUUUAUUUGUAGGACUACAUUCGUUGAGAGCUAUGAUGUAUUAUAAUGUCCUUUAUUCGAACACUACCUUUCUUUGAUGAUUUAUUGAUUUAUAUACUAUAUAUAUAUAUAUAUAUAUAUAUAUAUACACAGUAUUAUUAUUAGGUCUUACUAAUAUGCUGUAAACUCAUAAAUUAGAUAGAUAUUAAAAUUACAAAUUAAUUACAGUACUUUACAGUAAUAUUUUAUGGCUGUAUUACCGGUAUGGUGUCAUAUUUUUGUAAAAAACUACAUUUAAUAUUGUGAAUUUUAAUUAGUGUCAGAGUACACGAACCUUGUAUUAGAUAUUUGUUAGUAUUUAGAGUUAUUGAAUUUCCUGCAUUAAUAAUUACUGUAUGUAAAAUAAUGAGGAUUAAAAAUGUAUAUAUAUUUUUUUAAGUGUAAAUAAUCGAUUCAUUACAGUACUUUAAUGUGUAUAAUUACUAAAUUAAAAUUAAUUAUGAAUAAUAAACUUUAGUAUUAUGUAUUCGAUUUAGUAAAACUAAUUGUAAUGAAAUGUUAAGGUCAUUGUCCUUAUCAACUUUAGAAAAUGUCCAAACAGUGUAUUUUAACCACCAAUAGCCAUGUUUACGCGUUCGUUUGCUAUCAGAUAAGUAACACUGAUGAUCUCCAGUCGAGCGUCUACACGAUAAAAAGAAAUCAUCUGUAUUAACAGUGAUUAGAACUGACCUGCAAAAAUGCACGCAUUACUGCUUGUUUUGAAACCCUUUGUCAACAAAGUUUAAAAAUGUAUGUAAUUGAUAAAAACAUAAUUAUUUUUCAAAUAAUAAUAAUUGUAUUCACGCUGUUUAUCAACAGCGAUUUGCAGCGAUGACUCACAUAGGUCAAACAACAGCUAACUUGCAUAAGAUCAUGCUGAUGAUCUCUUAACACCGCUGCGAUGCAGAGGUAACUCUGUUGAUCAUCGCAGUUACUGAUCCGUUGUGCAGAGUUACUAAUACCAUUUACACGGGCACUUAACACCUAUGUCAACGGAUAAACGAGAUCAUCACGGUGAUCUGCUGUGUAAACAAGGCUAAUGUGUCAUUACACGCUGUGUUGCUUCCAAUCACGAAUAAAUUGCAGUGCUGAAAAUGCUUACGUAAUGUUAGAUGGAUAUUAUUCAUGAGAACUUGAAUAGUGAAAGGUGGUUACUUUUCUAAUUUCUAUGUUUAAUCAUGAUGUGUGAUAUAAACAAACUAUUUCUGGAAUAUUAAUAAAGGUAUAAUAAAACAUUAAUUUGUUAGUUGGUGGUACCAGCACUUUUGAUUUGUUGUACAUAUUGUAUAGUAUCAAAAUCGCCUCAGCAAUUAAAGCUAGUCAAAAUAAACCAACUCUGAAUCAAGCAA